GCUAGUUUCAAUCAUAUCUUCGGUUGGCCAGCACGGUCGGGGCGGCAACGACAUCGGUUGUAACGUGUUCGCGCGCGGAAAUAUGUAGGUACCUGUGCAGGUGUACGGCUAUAUUAAUUUGAAAAUGGAACCAUCGCUUUUGGAAGAAAGCACCUUGAGGGACCAAGUUGCGACACUUCCAGGUGGUAAAGAUAAAGAGGGGCGUCCAAUUCUGUUAGUUACCAUUCCCACGGAGGCAGCGCCGGCGGAUAUUGGUCCUUCGUUAAGAUAUUUACUUUCGGUAUUUAGUAGCGAAAAUCAGGCGAGAGAUGUUACCGUCGUAUUGGAUACGCGAAAAGGAAACUGGAAGACCGCAAGGUCCUACAUCCGACAGGUGAACGCGACGUUGACAACUUCAGAAUUGGCACAACUUAUCGUCGUUCGACCCGAUGCCUUUUGGGACAAGCAACGGGUCGAAAACUGCACGAGCACGCAGACAGACGGUCAGAUCAAUUUCACCUCGCCAUCACGCCUGAUUAGAUUUAUCGAUCAACCGCAGCUUCCAUCCGAACUAGGAGGUUCGUUUAUUUACAAUCACAGUCAAUGGAUCGAGAACAGGCUGAAAGCGGACGAGUACUUCAGGGAAUCGGCCGAAGUCUUAAAGAACCUAGAAGAGUUUCACCAACGCCUCUUAAAUAAUCGGUUAUUAAGAGCGACGGAAGUUGUAGAUGCCGUUAAUGCCAGCAAUGAAACCGCGGAGUCCUUGCAGGAGUUAACUGAGAAAAAUUUGGAAAAAGGUCAAGAACUUCUCAAAAAGAUCGAACACGACAAUAGAAACCGAAAAUACGCUUCCGAAUCGGAUUCAAUGAUGACACCUCAAGAUAUCCUAGAUACGAUUCGACAAAUUGAAAAUACCAGAAGCGACCUACGUAAAAAGCAAACGGAAAUCGAGGACGCGUGGAAAUUGAUGCGGAAAAGUUUCGUCGGUACCAAAGAUUUAAACUUGCUGAUACGAGGCGUUGUUAAUGUGACGAAUUGGAUUUUGGGACCGGCCGAAAAUUUGCUAAACUCGCAACGGAAGGUGGGUCACGACGUUUCGUCGGCGGAGGAGCUGAGGAACGCGCACGAGGCGAUCGAGUUGAGGUGCUGGGAGACGUACGGCGCGUAUGCCGAGCUUCUGUACAAAAUCAACAAUUUUCCGAACGAUGACUCCGCCGGGCAAGUGAAGGACUUAAUCUGGCAGAAGGACUUCAUGGACUUUGUGUGCAGGAGUUUCGCCACCAGAAUGGAGAGGCGGCGCAAUAUUCUCAUCACUUCCUUGCGAUUUUUUCGUUUGGUUUCCGAGUACUUCGACCGCACCAGCGAAGUAUUUGAAUCGUUAGUUAUGGGUAAUAAAGUCGACGAUUUUUCGGCAGCCAAACAGAAGUUGGACAAACUACAAGCUAGUCAGAUCAGUUUAGAUGCCAUGGAACGCGAGCUAGUCAAAGAGGGUGAAAAAUUGUCGGAUAUGCUUUCGAUGCCAGUCAAAGAUGCGCUUGGCAGAGAGUUGGCGUUGGACUAUUCAGAGGACAUCGCCAAUAUUCGUGAUAUAUUAGACGCGACAAACGCCAGGAAAAAUUUGUUUAGCGAUAGUGUGGAAUUGCAGAAAUUAACUUUGGAGCAAGUGACACACAUUGACGCCUACGAAUGCGAUGCCAAACAAGCGAUUCAGUGGUUGGAUGAACUAUUUCAGGUCAUGCUUCAGCAUCACGGACACGUUGGGAUAACGACGUAUGAGAUUCAGGUCCAGAAAGACGAACAUCAAACAUUUCAAGAGACGGCAAAGGACACCUACAAUUACGGCUGCCAACUUUUGAACGCUUCGCUGGCCCUUCGACAAUCAUGCAAGUUGCCUACUCAAGAUCACGCGAUCUUGUAUCAGAAAUUGAAGUCUUCCUGGCAAAGACUCUUAAACGUCAGUCAAGAACAAAUGACACGUCUUCGAGUCUCCGCCGUCUUCCAUAGAUCCGUUGAAGAACACUGCAACCAACUGCGGGACCUUCGCGAGGCUGUCGCCACAAUGCCUCUGGAAGAGAUGUCCAAAAAGCAAACUAGAGUUCGAAACUUUUACACCAUACGAGAGAAGCUUCUGGUCGAAGUUGGACGGAUGGUUCGUCUCGGAAAGCUGCUGAGAAGUCGACUGCGGGAAUCUAUUUAUUUAAAUGAAACUUUAAUGGAAAGCGAAAAUAGCACAGAUGCCGACAAGAACUUGGAGGUUCACGACCCUUCAGUUCAAGACAACGCAGUGGCCGUUGAAGCGAUCACCGAAAAGUUAGCGGAGGUGACCAGCCUUGCGGAAGAGAUGGAUCAAGCCCUGCUCAGCGCCCAACAGGACUGCGGACUUUUGACGGCGACUAGUUCGACGACCACGAGCGCUUCCACCACGCCCACCACCGUCGUUUGCAUGAGCACGAAGGCGACUUUCGACGACAAUAGUUCGUAUAGUGAGGAAUCUCUACUUCCAUCGAAACCGCUAAGAACGGAAGACCUAAAGUCCGACGACGAAUUCUUGACGGCCUCCGAAUGCACAUUCCCCCACUCCCGAUCGUCCUCCUACAAUACGGCGUCCGAAUGCGAAAACCGCUACUCACCAUGGUGGGAUUACGACAAGAAGGACUGCAAAGAGAACGUCUCGAAGGAGAAGUUGGUGCUGGGCGUCGGACUUCCCGAGUUGCCGUCCGCAAAGUCCGUCCUCAAACCAUCGCCCGAGGUACCGCCGGGCAAAAUCGUACGCGAGGUAACCGAAACGACGCAUUUAAAAGUCCAACAUUCCCACUCCAUCGGAGUGUCUUCGUACGUGUUGACGUCAGAGGUCGCGCGCGAGAAGGAUGGGGGUGCGUGCUCGACGAGCGAAAACUUUACGUGCGUCGAUGCGGGUUCGUUAUUGGAGCGUAUGCGACAGUGUGGAGAUUGGCUACAACUAAAAAUUUUAGAAGUUAGUCCAGAACUAACCGCACUUGGGAAUAAUUUAGCAGAAGCGGUGGAAUUGCAACAGGCACACGAUGAAGUUCUGCACCAGUUACAGAACAAGCAAAGUCCCGUCGAAGAGCUGCUGCGGCAAGCCGACCAACUCAUAUCGACCCAAAAACCUCGGGCCGAAGUAUACGCGGCGAUGGCAGAAUCUCUGGGAAAAGCCUGGAAAGACAUAAACUCCCACCUGGAACUUCGCAAGCAAGUUUUAGAUCUACACGUGCAAUACCACACGAAGGCGGACGAAUUCUUUAGCAUAGUAAACUCACUCGAAUCGGCUUGCGCCGAUAGCGUUGUACCCAUACAGGUCGAAUCAAUUAAACAGUAUUUAACCAACAUUCACGAUCUGCGAAGAUCCCUGCUGGAAUCUCUGAUGAGCGCGUUAAAGAUGGGAAACUUAGUUUUAGGAAAGUUACAUGAAUUAGGAGCCGAAGGCACACUCGACUCGAGACCCGAUCGAAUACGAUGUUCGGUAAACCGAGCAAUUUCGCAAGUCCAAAACUGGUUAGAUCAGCUACACGCGAAGCGACAGUUAAUAGAAAUCACGUUCUCCAAGAGAAAAGCGCAACUGGAACAGUGCUUAGCCUUGGCAAUUCUCGCCUCGGAUCUGCGCGAGGUUGAAGACACACUGAAGGAAAAGCGGAAUAUUUUGAGGAACACGGAUCAGCUAGGUGAUUCGUCAUCCAGCGCGGAACUACUACAACACGAACACAAGAAGUUACUACCCGAAGCAAGUGCACUGCAAGAGAGAGCGUUGAAAAUUACGAAGGCAACCGAGCAGUUGGUGGAAUCGGGCUGUUUCGCUGGAGAAAAGGCAACGGAGCAUGCGUACAGCGUGCUUUCCAGUUCGUCCGAUUACGUUUCCGAGUUGGAGGAACGUAGCGCGUUACUGGAGAGGGUUAUCGCGUUCUUCAGAAAAGCGCAAACGGCUUUGACGAAGUUAGACCAGCUGGAAAUUCAGAUAAAAACCUCCGAAUUGCCGUCGACCUCUCCCCAACUCGCCCAACUACACGAACAGUGCGCCCGUACCGUUGAGGAGAUCACCUCCUCUCCUAUAGAAGAGGGAUAUGCGAUCUUGAACGCGGCCAAAAUGCGGGGGACGGACGGCGUGAAGAGAAUGGUGGAGGAGUUGGAGAAUAGAAAGAUUGCGAUAGACGCACUGUGUACGGCGCACAGGGAGGAAAAGCUGCGAAUUAACCAGGCGCUCAACUCUUUCCUGGAGAAACAGAAUGAGCUGUACGCGUGGCUGUUGAGCGCGGCUGAGGCGUUUUUGCGAGGUCGUCAGGAUAUGGGAAGCGAUCUUCCGAUGGCAAAAGAUUUUUGGGACUUGCAUAAUCAUCUGCUCGUCGAUUUACAAACGAAAGGAAACGAAAUAAACGCGCUGCUACUCACAUUACCACCGGUGUUAGAAUACUUAGAAGACAAUCAGCGUCGAGAUGUCGACUCGAAAGUCGAGGAACUUCACCAGCUCUGGCUGAAGCUGAAAAACAUUCUCGAAACUCGGCUCGACCUUUCAGCAAUCUACGUCAAGUUUCACACAGAGGCCGAUUACGUUAAUAGGGAAAUUGACAAACUCGAGCAUAAAUUAAACAACUCCCCGACGGAUAUCGACCAGGAAGAAGUUAACAAAUUAGAAGAAAAAUGGGAGUCUCUGAUACCCCUGUAUCAGUCGGCUAAAAAUACAGGAAUUACGUUCAUUAAUGCGACCAGUAAGGUCUCGGAGCCUUACCUUGAUACUAAACGUGCCUGCAUGUGCGUCGAGUCCGUUCUGGAGAAGCUCUCGGCGAGACAGUUGGUUGUUACACGCAACUGGCAGACUUUCCAUACGACGGUCGUUGAAAAACGCGAGCUUCAAAUGCAAUUAGAGCUAAAUAUGACCGAGAGUACGAAGACGAUAAAUUGGAUAACGAAGUUAGAUUCGCAACUGUAUCCCGUAAUUACCACGGAAGCGUCGAAACCAGAAGCUGUAAGUGAAUUUCUGGAGUACAAACUGAAGACAGUCUACCCGGAGGUGAAAAGGGCCCAGAAUGAGGUGGAACAAAGAAUAAAGGCGGUCGAAUCGCUGAUCACCAAAGCAACGGUAGUUGACGAGUCGACGCUCAACGUGAAGAAUAAGCUGCUAGAGCUUAACCAGAAGUUGGCCGAAGUUACGACCGAUUACCAAAUUUUACUGCAAAUGCUCAUGACUUACUUCAACAAUUUGGCUGAUAUGGAUAGAACGGUGGAAGACCUCAACUCGCAGUGCUUUACCAAGCCCCUGUCAGGGGACAUGGGGGAGGUCGACACGGUCAUCCUGGAACAGGAGGGCUCCCGACUGGCAAUCUUAGAAAUGUUUAAGUAUGCCCAAAACGAUUGCGAUAAGCUCGUCUCCAAAAUCAACAAACAGGAACCCGAAGGCGCAGCGGAGCACGACAUUUCGAAACUCCAACAUCAAAUCGCAAUUCGCAAGAACAACUGGGAGGAGAUGUACGGCAAGAGAAGCAGCAUGCUCGAAGCUCACCGACGCUACUGCCAGUUUAACACAGACUUGAAUCAUAUUAACGAAGCCAUCAAUGAGUUAAGCCAUCAGCUGAAGGAGCUUAGGGGUCAGUAUGGCGAAUCUCUUUCGGCAGCCAAAGCAACCUCCCAAGCAUUUGGUUACUUUGAGAAGACGGCCGAGGUGCUGAACCAACGAAUUGAUACCUUCAUCAAAGAAGGAAGGAAGCUAAUUGAAGAUGGUCACAUUCACUCGCCCCACAUUGAUUUCCAACUGGGCGAGUUACAAGAGCGAUGGAACGCCCUGAAGAAACAAAUUGAUGACUCCCGUCGCCUCAUUAACCUCAGCAUACGAUACUUCACGAUAGUUGACGAGGCGAUGGAUUGGUUUAAGGAAGGUAGCCACAUCUUAGUGUCCAUCGCGCGGAGGUCUACAGCAGUACGAAAACCAGAAGAAGCGCAAAUGCUCCUCAACGAAAUUGAGCAGUUUUUGAAACCGGGCGAGGCGAAGCAAGCCGAGAGAAUUGCGACGAUAACGUCUCUCGCGUCGGAACUGUACGAACCUCAGAUCACCUCGAGGUCGUCGCAGGUUGUCAUCCACAAUGAGGAAAUGUUGGAGUCGUUUACUUCGAUUAGCAGAGAGCUACAAUCUCUGAUUGUGAAUCUGAGAGCGGCCGAUGAGGAGAAAGAAAGGGCUAGAGUCGAACAAGAGCACGCGGAUGCGUUACUGGCGGCGGCGAAGGCCGAAGCCGAAAUUGCGCGGGCGGCAGCCGAGGCCGCCGAGAACGCGCGGAGAGUGGCCGAAGCGGAGGCCAGGCGAAUUGCAGAUGAAGAAGCGAGGCGUGCUGCCGAGGCAGAAGCGAGGAGGUUAGCCGAAGAACAGAUGAGGAAGUUGGCGGAAGCCGAAGCGAAGCGAUUGGCCGAGGCGGAGACGAAGAGAAUCGCGGAACUCGAAGCCAGACGGCUAGCCGCAGAAGAAGCGAUGAGAAUUGUUGAAGCGCAGAGUAGGGCCGAGCUGGAAGCGCGACGAUUAGCUGAAGAAGCAGCGAAACGGUUAGCCGAAGCAGAGGCGAAGAGGAUAGCAGAACUCGAAGCCAGACGAUUAGCCGCAGAGGAAGCGAUGAGAAUUGCCGAAGCGCAAAGGUUGGCCGAACUAGAAGCGCGACGAUUAGCGGAAGAAGAAGCGAAACGGUUAGCCGCAAUUGAAGCACAAAAAUUGGCCGAAGCCAAAAGGUUGGCCGAGGAAGAGACGCGGAGGUUAGCCGAACUCGAGGCGAGAAGAUUAGCGGCGGAGGAAGCGAGAAGGGUAGCCGAGACGCAAAGAUUAGUCGAGGAGGAGACUAGACGAUUGGCCCAAGAAGAACUGCUCGCGCAAAAAAUGAGGAUUUUAGAAUUAGAAAAACCGAAAGAGGUCACAAUUACACAAGUCGAAAUUCCCGUCAAAUCGGUCGAUGUAACGGACAACGUACAGGAGGUGAUGACCCAAACAAUUGAAGUUGUGAAGGUUACCAAAGUAGCGCACCAGACGCCAGUCGUGGAGACUAUCAGUUCGACGACGACAAUUGAUGGUUCCGGUGUGUGGGAAGCGCCUACUUUUAUUCUACCGCUGAAUGACACCGUUUUGCAAGAAGGCUCCAAGUUCACCUUCAUCUGCCAAGUAAUCGGUAAUCCGACACCCACCGUCAUUUGGUACAAAGAUGGCAUUGCAAUAGGAAAUAAUCCCGACUAUCAAACCUCCUUUAAAGAUGGGACCUGCACCUUGACAAUCGAGGAGACAUUUACAGAGGACUCCGCUAAAUACAUUUGCAAAGCUACCAAUCGGCUUGGAACGGCCGAGACUGGCGCCUUACUAACCGUUAAAGAAAGUCAUCCUCCAGAAGAGUUGAUUCCCCCGAAAUUUGUAAAGCACCUCGAACCGGCGUUCACGAAGCAAGGCCAAAAGUUUCAAUUCGAGUGUUUGGUUGAGGGCCAUCCGCUACCGACCGUCCAAUGGUUCAAAAAUGGCGAAUGUAUUGACAACUGUCCAGAUUAUGGCAUUACGUACAAUAACGGAGAGGCUAUUUUGAGAUUUGAUGAAAUACAUUUAGAUUGUCAAGCGGAUUAUACCUGCAAAGCGACUAAUCAAGUCGGAAUGGCUCAGACGACCGCAAAUCUGUGCGUGGAGCCGUGGGAGAAAACCGAAAAUCCAUUCUUCACUAUCCCUCUCUCUAAUGUUAUGGCGAGAGCGGGACAGAAGAUUAAAUUGGAAUGCGAGGUUUCAGGAUUGCCCACUCCCAGUUUAACGUGGUCACACAACGGGAAGCCAGUGAAGGAAACGCGAGAACUUAAGUUCCAAAGCGAGGACAAUCACCACACACUUGUUAUAUCUGAAGCUUUUCCUAAAGAUGCCGGGACUUAUGUCGCAACGGCGCUAAACGACGUCGGGGAAUCCACAAGUACGUGCAACGUCACCGUUAAAGGCCGCCUACCGACUGAAACUUCCGAUUCGGAAUUGGCAAGCGAUAUGGAGCCAAUCAAACCGUCCAUUCAAGUUCCGUUAAAAGACAUUUCCGUGUUCGAUGGAAAAACUGUACAGCUCGACUGCGUGAUUGUUGGACAGCCAGAGCCGGAAGUGAUAUGGUACCACAACGACAAACCGGUCAAAGAAUCGGCGGAUUUCCAGCUUUUAUUCCAAGGGGACCGUUGCUCGCUUAUAAUCCAGGAGGCGUUCGCAGAAGACGCGGGAGAUUACAGGGUGGUUGCGUUGAACUCGGCCGGAGAAGCUUCCAGUAAGUGCACGUUAACGGUAACCCCACUGACCGAUACCGCACCCAAAGACACCCAGGAGGAAAAGAAGGUGACAGGUUCCCCGCCAAAAUUCAACAAGCUGCUGUCGGACGUUUUGGCGUCUGAAGAAGACCGAGUUGUGUUCGAAGCUAACGUUGUCGGCGAACCGAGACCUAGUGUGAAAUGGUUGCUCAAUAACGAUGACAUUGAAUUGAACCAGCACUACAAGCUGAGUUACGAUGAAGAUGGAACAGUCAAGUUGGAAAUUGAGAAAAUUUUACCCGAAGACAAAGGCGUUUAUACGGUCAAGGCGAGCAAUUCGAACGGUGACGCCAAGUGCUUCGCGCAGCUCAUUGUCAAGUCAUUCAAGCCGACGGAAGCUAAGGAGUAUGAGGAGAUUAAGACAGCUCCUCAGUUUAAGGAGUUGUUCUCAGACCGACAAGCCUUCGAAGAUACCACGAUCAAGUUCGAGUGCAUAGUUUCUGGGAAACCCACGCCGAAAGUGAAGUGGUUGUUUAACGAGGAAGCUGUAUCUGGGAAAGCGUUCUUGGUGUCGACUUCUGGCGAAAGACAGGUUUUAACCAUAACGAAUCUGACAAAGGAGAAUUCCGGUACGAUCACUUGCAUCGCUGAGAACGAGGUGGGGAAGGCAAUUUGUACGGCCACUUUGUCGGUGAAGCCUGGUCAAACGGUCAUGGGGGAGCCCAAAGAAGUGCCCGCUCAAGAACUGGUUGAUGCCGCUUCGUACAGCUCAAAACGGGAGGUGUUCGUACAGUCGUCUACAUCCUCAAAGAGUACUGUUGUUACAAAUAGUGGUACGGCCGAACCGGAUGUGCAGACGCAUGGAUACAUCGCUAAAGACUCGCAAACCAUAAAGCAGGUGAACGAACAGACCCCCGAGGUGCAAGAGUCUCACUUCAGGGAGGAGUAUCACAAGGUAAGGGAACCCGGCGUCAUUCAAGAACACUCGAUGAGUACGGUUCAAAUCGGAGAAGCAAGUAAGAUUAAGGAGACUACGGUAUCCGCAUCGCAUUUACCGGUUCAGCGAAAAACGAGACCGCCGAAAUUUACCAGUCCAAUUGUGGGGAAAAUCGUCGACCAAGGCGUUGACGUACUGUUGGAAGGUAUCAUUGACGGGAGCCCGACUCCCACCGUUAAAUGGGAGAAAAAUGGUGUCCCGUUGGUUAGUGGUGGUAAAAUUACGGUAUCCUACGAGCUCAACAGGGUCAGAGUGGAGAUUAAGGACGUGGGUACCAGUGAUGGUGGUCGUUACACGUGUACGGCGGUUAAUGAAGCUGGUUCGGCCGUUAGUACAUCAGAUUUGGUAGUCAGAAAAACAGUUUUCCCUCCAGUUUUCGGUCGACGACUUCAAGCGCAAGUUGUGAAGAAAGGCGAUCGGGUGCACAUGGAUGUUGAGGUCACCGGUACUCCAACUCCAACGGUGACUUGGUUUAAAGACGAUAAGCCGAUCAAGGAGGUGCUGCUUCAACCGUACAAAAUACUGGUUCAAGGAAACUCGCAUACUUUAAUAAUCGAAAAUGCUGAUUUCAGUCACACUGGGAAAUAUAUGGUCAAGGCAGUAAACGAUGGAGGAGAGGCCCAAAGUAUAGCUGACUUUGCAGUGUUCGAACCAACCCCGGAUACCAUGGUGGAAGUGGUCAAAACGGUUGUAUUUGAAGAUGUGCACAAGCACGAAACUUUGGCGCAGGCUGCAGAACAAUCAAAGAAAACUUACUCAGCACCACAACCCAAAACCGUCCCUAUCCAAAUUUCUAAACCUGCACCUGUUAGUAUGAUUUCCCUUAGGCCCAGUACUCCCGCAUCUUACAUAUCAACUGAAAGUCACAUAUCUGAAUCACAGUCUUCCGCUCAAGCGCAAUAUUCCACAGUAACAGAAACGACAGUGUCAAAAGAGUCUAAGACAUUUAAGAUGGAAAGCAACACAGCCGAUUUUUCACCAGCACCUUUCCACCAAAUUGAUCACAAAGAGACAUUAAUUCCAACCACCAUUGAGAAAAUAAGCAUUCAGCCACCUCAACCGGAAAGUACCGGAAUUGAAACCACCUCAAUAUCUAAGCAGUCUUCAUUAGAUUAUUUUGUGCAGAAAAUGAAAGAGCACGAAGAGCCGGUACCCAAGGAACUCCCAAAGGGCACUCCCCUUCAAUCUGAUAUUUACACCAAGUUUGAGGAUACCACCAAGGUAGACUAUCACCCUCCACCUAUAAUCAAAACUUCGGAAAAACUCAUCGAUCAUUCCUUCUCUUCGUUUCAUCCACAACCAAGUCCUUUUAACUUAACCCCGGAACCACCGCCAGAAAUUUGUUUUACUCCCAAACAGGAUGUGUACAGAAGUGAGCAUCAGGAGAUUAGGAAGCACGAUUAUUCCUACUCAAAAACCCAGCCAGUUCCCAUGCGACCAGUUUCGCCGAGGCCGUCCGCCGAGGCCUUAGAGAUGGAAAAGCUUUGGACGCCGCACAAGGAGCCGGAUAGGACGCUUCUUGUCAGCUCGCCUUUACCUACUCGACCGAUCUCGUCGCUUUCAGAACCAUCCGCCGAAGGGCGGGCGAUGGAGAAGAGUUGGGCUCACAAGUCGGAGACGCACAAGCAUACGUGGCCCGAGGAAAGCAAAUCUUGGUCCGCUCAGACCACGUUGGAGAAGAAGUGGAUUCCCGUCCACACCAAGACUGAGUCCGUGUACAAGGAGAGCAAAGUCAUUCCGACACCGGUCAUGCACUACGUUGCGAAAGUGACUGACCUUCACGAAACCGGUUACGCGACGAUGGAGAGCAGCUCUAGCGAGAUGCACCACGAAAAUAUCGUUUACGAGCACAGCGCCAAGCCUUCCGAAAUAAUCAAAUCUUGGCCGCCACCAUCGCAAGUUGAGGAACCGAAACCCGCCUACAAAAUCGAGACAAUUCCUAUCAGACCGGCUUCAGUUCAGGAUAUCACCGACGAGGUGUACUUACAGCCGGGACCGCCUCCGGAGAUAGGAUUCGCACCGGCUCCAAGUACGCCUCAAUUUCGUUCAGUUCCCCCGCCUCUUCCGCCUAAACAGGAGAAACCCCAACCCCCACCUGUACCCGCGAGACCAUACAAGCCAGUUGCACCACCGAAGAAAUCUGCGCCACCACCGAUGCUAUUUACACCCGCUGCUCCGAAACCGCAACUUGUAAAACCGGGACCUCCACCUACACCUUCCAAGUUUGCGAGGGGGAGAUUUACAGAUAGCGACUACGAAAGCGACCUUGACACCUCCAGGAUGGCCGUCAGGUGGAAGCCGAGCACUAGCGACAAUGAGGAACCGGCUUAUCGUCAUGUGAACGCCCCCAAAUUUACUGUUCGUUCCAAAUCCGUCGAACCUCCAUUUGAAAGACCAUUCUAUACGCAACCCCCAGUGUUUACCUCUAGCGUUUCAGUUGAGGAUAAAGAGCUGCGAAAACAGCGCACGUCGUUUAUAAGGAAACAGUUCGAGCAGAAGCGCGAGGUAUCUCCACCGCUUUUAAAACCGGGCACGCCUCCCGAGUAUGUGCAAUCCGAAGUGAAGUACAUGCCAGAGUCUCCCAAAGUGAAACCAAAGUCGAGUGCGGACGGCUACAUGGCCGACACAGACGAGCCAUUUACACUGAGAAAGAAAAUAUCCAAGUUUGAGCAUAGGCAAGAUGAAACUUUGAGGCAGGAGUUUUAUUCCACCAGUUCCGAAAGCUCCCGUCAGAAAAUGACUUAUGAAUCCCAAUCCAUAAAUAAACCAACCACUCCUAAAGUUUACAGGAAACAUACUCCGGCAUCUUCAGCACAAAAGAAGGAGCUGGUCGCCACGCCCAUUAUUACUAGUGUUUCGACCAAGAGUAAGACGAUAUAUAAGAGUGAUCGGGACUCAAGCUUGGAACCCUUCCCCUACAAACCAGAUCCGCCCAAACCGAAACAGCCGAAAGCUCCACCUCCGCCUAGUCCCUCCAAAUUUGUAAAGGGCGAAUUCCGCGAAAGCGAUUACGAAAGUGAUUACGAAGGCCGAAUGAGUUCGGUGUGGGGCGGUGGGGACCGCUGCUAUAAACCAGUGAGACCCGUGCUGACCCCAAGCGGACGGCAUUCGCAAACUGGUGCUCGCAGCCCCACGCCUCCAACCGAAUUCGACCAACCGCCGCAUUUCAGCGGACCGCCCCGGCCGAAAUUCGAGCCGAUCGAGAAACCGGUCGCCGCAACGAAGCUGAGCGAAACACUUAGUCAAAAGUCGUCCAUUUCCCAGGUCGUUCACAAACCAAAACCGGUCACACCCAAAUCCGCACCGGGAAUAGAACUGAUCGUCGCCAAACCGGCGGUACCGAAACCCGGAACACCACCCGAAAUCGGUUUCGCCCCCAAAACCACGCAGUACUACCGGUCGACGACAAGUGCACCGUACCAGAACGCUGUGCAAACCGAAACGUCAAACGUGAUGCACUUCAAAGAGUCAACGGAAACGAGUCAUCGCACCGUUAGUCUAGAGCAGACUCGCAAAGUCAUAACGUUCGGCAAAGAUAAAAAGCAGAGAGUCCCACCUCCAGCGACCCCAACGAAAUUCGUCAAGGGAGAAAUGAGGGAAAGCGAUUACGACAGCGAGAUUGAGAAUACGCGAAUCAAGUCCGUGUGGGUGCCUGGGGAGGGCGACAACGACCUUCCCGGUUAUCGCAAGGUAGUACCUCCCUCGAAGCACUUUAUCAAACCUGUCAAGAAUGAGAGAAUUAUUUCGCCCAUGGAAUUCGACACUCAACCACCAGUUAUGAAUAGUCACAGCAAGAACGUCCAACCUCUAAAACCAGGCCCUCCACCACAGUACAGUUACUCCCCGGCGACGGUCACAAAGAUAGCCUCUAAGAACAUGGAGAACAUGACGCACACGUUCAAGUCCAAAGCGCAAAAGUUCGUUAGCGAUAUUAUGACUGAUGUAAAUAAGAAAUCAACUGAAGACAGCCCCCAAGUGUACAGGGAGGAAACAAGGGCCGCCCAGCACGGUACUAAACACGUGGACCCUGACACUGGGUUAAUUUACUUCAAAUACGACUUCGGUUACGAAUUCGGUAUCGUUCUGCCCGGCCAAAGUAAGGGCGGCGAGAUACCGACUCCGAAGAAGACCAUAAUCGAGCCACCCAAACGCACAGGAGACAUUGAGAUGCCGGUCUACCACGAAAGUAGCCAUUCUACUCCCAGUUUUCGGCCGUCGAAGACUUCGACUCAUAAAAGCGUCAAGUGGGAUCCCACUUCUGAAAGUGAGAUGUCCGAGUAUGAGAGUGACGCAAAGAGGAGAUAUUUGAGUCCUCGUUGGGAGCAAUCGUCUACUAGUCCCGUAUCGAUAUCUCCCAGUCUGCCGAGUACUUCUCCUGCUUUUAACGCAGGUAUCAGAAGUGCCGAGUACCACUCGAGUGCGCCAACCACACCAGUGAAUCGAGAACAAAACACUGCACAUCCGAAACGGCCCCCUAUGAUCAUAACUCCACUGCGUGACAUAGCUGUUGUGAGUGGUCAAUCCGCCAGGUUUGAGUGCAUAGUGCAAUCGGAGUCUACACCUUCAGUACUUUGGUCGAAAAAUGGACGAAUAAUUCAAAACUCGAAGGAUCUGCAAAUCCAUUACAGGAACGGCGUUUGUCGUCUUACCAUACCCACUGCCUACCCAGAAGACGCCGGCUCGUACACCUGCACCGCGUCAAACCAAAUCGGAGCCGUCGGGACGACAGCUACUCUACAAGUUCCAGGUGAGCGCCGUUCCCAGUACAUAAAGUAAGGGGUGGAGGAAUAUGCACUUUACACGUCUAGUCUAAAAACGCUUGCCGAAACAUUGUAAGCUUUUUUGCACAAAGUGAAGAUAGUUCGUGGUUUAGUUGCGCACUCUCUUUCUCUCGCCUUGUUUGUUUAAUUGGAUUUAAUGGAGGAUUGACUAAUUGACUGUAUCAAGUAAUGUAAAAAAAUUCGCAUGUGCCUAAUUAGUGAAUCUAAACGGUUACUUGGAUGCUUCGCAAAAAAACGUAUAGUGUUAUUCUAGUUUACCUUUUAGUUAUUAAAUUUAAGCCUUUCGUGUAUACUCCAACUUUCAUCUUACUGUAUAUGUAUCUUUUGGGUAAAGUUUCUUGGUUUUGCUGAUCUAUGUUUGUUACUUAUUAUUAUUUAUACAGUAUUUAUUGUGAUUUGUUUUGUUCUCUUAUUAAA